UGUGUGGGUGUACGUGUGUUUGUGUGUGUGUGUGUGUAAGUAAGCAACGCGGAGAUGGGAAAAAUCUCCGGAAGUCACUGUCUCGUCCUUGGCUGUCGUAAUCGGCAGCUGCUCAACCAGGCCAAUACACGAUCCUAUUUUCGCUUCCCGCGAGACGCCGAACUCUGCAAAAAGUGGGUCGACUUUUGCAACCGUCCGGAGCUCUACAAAAAGUACGACGAGAACGGGCCCGAAUAUCUGUACAAAAGUUCCCGCAUCUGCUCGGACCACUUUCAGUCGACGGACUUCAACAAUGCCACACUCUUCAGCCAAGGGCUCAAGAAGGGCUCCAUCCCCUCAGUAAAUCCAGCAACCAGCGAUGUGAAACCACACAUCGCCAACGGUGUUGGUGCUGGUGGAGGAGGCAGUGGCAGCAGCAAUGGCGCCGGCUCACCAAUCGACGAGAAGCUCCUAUCGGCCGUGGCCUCGAUCCCGAAUCUACACUCCAACCUGUCGCUGAUGAUGGCGGCUGCCGUGGCUGCCGCUGCCCAGUCCCAGGCGAACGCUAGCUCGCUGCCCUUCAGUCUACCGGCCAACCUGAAGCGGCCCGCUUCUUCCAUGAGCGGUGGCAGCAUGGUUACCACAAGUCAGGCAACGUUGGGCGGUGGUACCCCCACAACGACGUCCGUUUCAUCGAAGCGCAAUAGGGCGGUACCGCCACUGGCAGCACCUACCGGCGCCCUUGCCAAUCUCAUCCAGCGCCAGCAACAGAUUAAGGAGCAACAGAUGAAGGAACAGCAGCGGAAAGCGGCUGCACUUGCUGCCGGUGGACUGGUGAACGGGCAGGUGUCCAUCACGCCGGCCAUUUUCGGUUCCGGUACGUCACCCAACAACAGCAGUAAUGGCGGUGCGAUCUCGCUCGUGACAACGAAAAAAUCCAGUGCCAACACUAACAACAACAACAACAAUAACAACAACGUGAGCAAUCACAACCACAACCACCAUCACCAAGGCAAGCUGAAUAAUAGCAGCGGGAAAGGGCGUUUGGAACAUCGGGACCAUAGCGAGUAUGGGCUGAAAAUGGUCGAUAUGGACAUGACCGGUGGAGAAUCGUCCGAAGCUGACUCGAGCUAUCAAAACUCGGCCGACGAAGACUACGCGUACCACCAGAAGCUGAAGGUCGCCAAGGUGGAAGCGGUCAUACCACCGUCGCUCAAGUCGGAGCUUACCGUAACGCCGGCCACCAACAGCGUCACCACCACGCCGAACAUCAACAACAACAGCAUCCACAGCGUGAACGCGAACGGUAGCGGCGUGGAGGAGAUCAACGUCGACUACAAGGAAAAGUACGAGCAAACGCUCAAGGAGCUGUUUGCCUGUCGGAAGAUCGUCAAAAACCAGAACAAAGCGAUUCAGCAGCAGCAGUUCGAAAUCGAUUUCCUCAACCAGCUACUGAAGGAGAAAUGAUCCGAAGUGGCGUUCGAUAGUCGACGGUGCCGAUUCGAUCAGCCUGUGGGUGAG